AUGGCUCCGACAGCCAACGACUGCAAGCUUAGUCCUAUAGGGCUGAAGUCAUUAAAACUACCUACCGGCAAGAAGGCUGAAGAGGCCCGUUACCAGCCACAGCUUGAAGCCGCGAAGAUGGCGUUUCUCGUCGCCGGCAUGCAUAAGGACAACAAGCACGCCGUUGAGCACGACGGAUUCCAUACGCUGUGGCAUGUUAGUCGUGAAAACCUAUCGGGAGAGUCGGGUCUACGCGAGUGGUGCAGGUUUUACAACGCGUUUCUGUCCUUGGUGCUGGAUAUGUUGACUGCUUUGGACCGCUUCACAGGAGGUACAACUGUCAUGGCUCAUAUUGCCGGACAACCCGACAACCUCGACAAUGACUCUGAUAUCAUAUCGCCUCAUGUAUACUUCUCCCCUGCCCUUUGUGAUGCAGUCCCGACGUUCAGGGCCGCUCAUCACACGGCCCCCACCGAUACACGAAUCCUCAGUUCCUCCUCGCACGUGGUGUUGAGCAUCAGAGGGGAGCGCGAAGGCGAAGAAGAAUUAUACUGGGAGCCUGUGGAGGUUGAUAGCUGUGCUCCGGGCUGUGUUGGCAUGAAUGAACACGCUAUCCAGCAGAGCACUCCAUCGGAACGUUUGCGACAGUUACGGAACGAGGUAGAGCGCCUCAAGAAUGAGAUACGCGCAAGGGAACAAGAGAUCGGUAGGUUGUACAAGGACAUGGUCGCGGGCACUGGAGGGGCUGGGGCUCAUGUGUCGCCCUCGGUCCAUGGUGGCUCUGUUGGGUUCGCUGACGUUACGCCGCAAACCAUUGAUCAUGGACUUCCUGACGAACAACUAUCAUCACGAGUCACGACUGGCUCCCUGAGCUCGCCUGUUCUAUCUCCAAUCUCGUCUAUCUCUUCAAUGUCAUCGUUGCCCUUAACUGAUUGUCUCACUCCUGUGGUAUCGCAAGCACCCAGCCCCAUGACGACUCCCGUGCUGAACAGUGGUCGAACAGAGGAGUCGUCUUAUGGGACAAUUCACGUUCCAGAGCUUGUCAUGCCAUCGAUACAGUCUGAUUCCCCUGUGGCUGCCCAUCUUUCUAGGGCGUCUUCCCCGACCACUGAGUCUCCAUCGCUUGCCAUUCCUUCCAUUCAGGACAGAAAUCUUCCUAUCUCCAAUUUCACAUCGGGUUAUAAACAUGGUUCAAGAACAUUGUCCCGCAAGACUACCGAUUCUCCUACACUCGCUAUACCGUCCAAGCGGAUCCAGAUCCCUCUCGUGCCCAAUUCUUCGUCCAGCAGGGAGCCCCUCUCAACGUAUCCAUUCCAUGCUGACAACGAAUGGUCGCCCCUCGUUACCCCCACUCAGACCGAGAUCCCUACCGUGGCGGGUAUGAUCAAGGCGUUCGGGCCGGCCACAACCACGCGCAGCAACACUCACGCUGAGGUAUUGCUCGCGCCGCUUCGUGUCUAUCGUGGAUCAUCAACUGGAACAGAUGUCCAACAAACCACGGGCAAAAUGGUCACUGAGAUUCCUACUCCUGGUGAUGGAUACUCUUUACCCGCAAAUCAACUCAAUUGUCCUGAAAGUUGGCCUUUCGGCGUUGGAUAUGUGCCGACUCAGGCUAGCGGUAAUGUUGGACUCAGUCUCCAAUAUAGAGGAAGCGGCUGUGGGUUACCAUACGUCAAAUCUGAUGAGCGCGGUCACAAUUUGACCGUUGUUCCUGCUGUAUUCGGCAUGCCUCUUGGCUUAGACGUAUGCAAGAGGGCUCGUCGGAAGGGUCCCUUGCAGGGCAGGGCAAGGAGGGAACACGCGGAUGAUAUGGACCACGGUGGAUUGGUUUACGCUGCUUCUUGUUGUGGGAAGAUUUUUGGCUACAGCAUGAAGCCCGUGCACGGACAGCAGCAAGAGACAAUUGCGGAGAUUCCCAGUGAAGAACUAUAUGCGAUGCCUGCAUCUAUACAUGGUCAUCCAUCGUCGAGCGUCGCUCACGCAGCGAAUGAAGUGAAUACGGAAGACGUCGUAUACGAACCGGAGGAAAGAGAGUGCUAUGCCACGGCACCGUCUCACGUAAACGAUGCUUCUGCUCAGCAAGACUUUGGGCAGGUCAGUUUGAUAUUCGAACGCAUCGCAGGGCGCCUUGGAAUCCCCUUCGAGGAAGUUGUUGCGCGAUUUGACGUGUUCAGACUGGACAAACGCGCAGAGCAUGAUGCGUUUCAAUUGUACAAGGCAUAUUACAACAUGCACACGGAGGAGGAAUCGAAGCGAGUUCCUCUAGCGACCGAUGGCGAUAUCAGUCACGACGCCGAGCAUGUAUACAAGUGCUGGCAAGCAUUCAAGAAUGCGAACCCGUCGCAGUGGCCAUCGAUCCUCGUGUUUAAGAGUCGCAUUCCUGAUGAAAGACUUUCGAAUGAUGCGGCUUCAGAGCGGAGGCGAGUACUAGAAUACUUCAUGAGACAGCUGAGGUCCACGCUGGAUGCGCUUGCUGAGAGCUACGGUUUCCAUUCCGUGCUCAUUGUCAGCGGAAAUGACAUCGUGAGGGACGAUGGAAUUGGCAUGGCGUACGAGUCAUCAGAGAGUGAGGGUUUCCUGUGCAAGCUCACGCGUUCGUCCACAGAUGAAGUGAUAGGACAUCUGAAAGCCCACGUGUGGAACAAUCAUUCUACUGCGCAAAUCGCCAAAUCACCUCCUCUCAAUUAUGAAAGGCCAUCAAUUCAUGAUGAAACACAGUCAGCUGAAGCGCAGACCUUGUCGUUCCAUCCGGAUGGCGCUGUCCGGUUAUCAGACGGAAGUACGACUGACAAGUUGCUCGUAAUGUCGAAGGAUAUAGAAGAUGCAUUUGCGCGGCUUUUCCGGUCAAAUGGCAUCACCCCAAGAUUUGAAGGAAUGAACUGUCUCUUGGAUACCUUGUUCAAGUCAGGGUUGACGUGUUUCAACUGGCCUCAAAAUGUUCCGUGGAACACUUUCUGCGGCCAUAAUGGUGGUCUUCGGGGACUUGAUGUCGUCCAGUUGCAGCAGUUAUACUCUGCUCUGACAGAAGCCUCGACUGACUGUCGCAUAUACAUCUCUAAGAAUCCUUAUCCAGGUAUGGCCAUUCAUACCGUCCCCUUCAACGGCUCUGUUCAUCCAGUCAUCACAGACUCUCGCGACGUCAAUCCUCAUGGACGUCUUGUACUCCAAGGAGUCACACCCAAGCAGGAGAAUACUUCCUGUCUCAAACUCUACAUGACAAGGAACGGCGAUGACGAUCCUACCUUCACAAGCAACAAGGGCAGCGAGCCUCCAAAAGAUGAGCCCCAGUCCUUGUGUCCUCCCCGUCGCGCUCCGAAACGGGAGGCGCAGGUUGAGCAAGGCGGCCCAUUGAAUGUUGACAAGUCAUUUCCAAUCGAAGUGGCAGGGUGGUCUCUUGGUGAGCGAGGUUCUCUAGUUUCCUCGAAGCCAAGGCAAUCCGAAGCAAACCUAUCCAAGCAUGGCCAAAGGACAGAAAUCCAGGUCAUAUCGUCGAGCCCCGCAUUCAUUAGGCCCUCAGCUGGCAUUAAGCAGUAUCCAUCUCUCAAGACGCAACAGCCGUCUGAGGAAAGCAUCAAUGUCCAAGGAAUUGAGCUCGCGGACGAAUCGGGCCUGUCGCAAGGAGCGAGGGCUGAUGUACACUCACAUCAGGAAGAUGCUCGCAGCCGACGUAUGACUCCAAGUCCUGUCACGUCGGGCUCCACCAGGGACGCGGGACCGGCUCGCGGUGAACCAGCACAAUCCGUUCACGGUGCAAGCGAGAGCCAUCGCAUGCCUCCCGGUAUGGAUCGGCAAGGUUCUGGUUCGUGGAGGAUGGUAGCGGUGCCACAAAUGCACGACGUGAGUGCUGCUACGUCUGCAGCAGCGCGAGUCCCCCAGGAGUUUUUAGAGAUGAUGGCGACACAAUACCUGAAAUUUCAGCAGCAAAAGAUCAACUCAUUGACUGCACGCGACGCCGCCCCUCAUCAUGAGUCGAGCAUCGCAAAUGCUCUUGGGGAAGGAUUCGACGUAGGCCACGGAGAUUUCACGCUGAACCUAUCCCAAGGAUAUGCCGGCAUUGAUGACGAAAUGUCUUUGUAUAUCAAUGACGACCUCCUGAUGGAUAAUGCCGGUGUCAAUGAGUAG